GUCAAUCAAUCGACGUUCCUCGAUCUGAAAGAAUAUUGUUUUGAAAUGUACAGUAAACACGAGAGUCUGGUUGGCAUGUUGAAGCCAAUGAUGAUGUUCACUGGAACAUGGAGACUGGAUGAAACAAAAUCCACCGUUCAAUGGCUUUACUGGUUAUACAGUCUCAUUUUUCAGGGCUUCGGCUUACUAUUUGUUGUCUUGGUAGUGACCAAGUUUAUAGAAUUUGUUCAAUCAGGUGCAGACAGUUCGGACAUCAUUUCAGCCCAAGUUUAUUUGCUAUCGACCACUUCUAUAUCGGGCAAGGUCCUCAUAUAUCAAGUUUAUAAAGUUUCGGACAUAUUCAAAGCUAUUCUGGAUGAAGAAGAAAAUCUGUGGCGAUCCGAAGACCAUGAAUUUAAAUCAGCAUAUCAAAGAGAAAUCAAAUACAUCAGAAAAUGGAAUUGGGGAAUUCUGUUAAGCAGUAUGUUUACGGCGCUAGCUCUGAUGUCAGCAGGUGUGGCUAGUUUGGUUCCUGUCGACAAUUCUACAAUUGACUCUGAUACAAACCACAAAGAAGAAUUUAGCAUGUUCCCCAUCUGGCUACCAUAUCGUCAAUCAGAUCAUAGAGCCUCAGUGGUUGCUCUAAAAUGUAUACUUACAUUCGUAUGUGCUUCUUUGUACAUAGUUUCCUGCAUGAUCUUUGUGGCAUUAAUGAUUUAUUCUGUUGGUUUAUUGAAAAUGCAACAGGAGAAAAUUCGCAAGUGCGAGUGGAACUCGUAUGACAUGGCAGCAAAUCCAUCUGUUGAUAUGAAAGCUCUUAUUAUAAAUAACCGGGGUGUAUUCAGAUUUAUUAAGCAUGUAGACAAAUGUAUUAGAUAUGUGAUUUUGGUUGAUGUUCUCCUGAGCUCCAUUAAUAUUGCUUCUUUGGCGACGAAUGCUUGGCAUGUAAGUUUCAAAAUACACGUUUUUUACCUAACAAAUGCAUUGUUCUCAAAUGAUCUACUUUUAUCAAUAAUUCCGUUUUUAAAUAAACAUUUUUUUCUUCAGUUUCGAAGUGAUGAUUUCUUGUUUUCCAUCUGUUUCUUACUAAUGCAGAUUGUGCAAGUGUUGGUUUUAGGAUGGUUUGCGAAUGACAUCAUAGUGCAGAGUAAGGCUACAGCUGAUGUUCUUUGCAAUAUGAAUUGGCAUUAUCUGGACAUCAAAAAUAAGAAAAUGUUCCUUAUGAUGCUUAUGCAAUAUCAGCAUGUUUCAGUAAUUUCCAUUGGACCUUUUGGCCCGAUGACGAUUAAAUCCGUUAUCUCAGUUAUCAAAGCUGCUUACUCCUACAUGAUGCUGAUGCGGACAUACAAAUAGUUAAAUACGUUCAAUCCUAUUCACCCACUAAAUAUUAGUUGGAAUGUACUUUAGCUGUAGCAACUCACUUUGAUUAAAAGCCUAGUUGUCUAUAGUAAUUUUACUAUAAGCUAAGUUUGAAUAAAAUUAGAACCAGCACUGUU